CCCUUCCCACAAUUCCCUGUAAAAAGUUUACUUCUGACAACUUGCAGAAGUUUGUCUGGAGUUUGAAAAGCCUUAGUUUUCACGAACGGCGAGUCCAAAUAUGACAUUUAGGAUAUUUAUUGCGAUCAGUGAUUAGAAAACGAUGUUGUUAAUCUAGGCUUUGGUAAAUAAUGCUUCCAUCCAGAGGUGAAAGAGUCUAUUUUUGAACAGGAAAACCAUUGUCGCGUCACCGGUGUUGCUAUGUUCGCUCCUCCGGUAUAAAAAUGAGCGCAAGCCAUGGAAACGCCAGUUGUGUUCAUGCUGUGCAGUCAGUGUGGACGCCUUUCCUGUUCGUGAGAAUUUACUGCGAUACGAAUGCGACUUUUCCCGAUAAUUGCGAUAUUUCUUUGGGCUUCGGUCAUCGAGACUGUAAGCUCCCAGACCCUUAGCACCAUCUUGGGUCCCUCCCAGGGUAGUCCUUCCACCUCUACCCUGACGCCUGAAGACUGUCUGUCAACCAUCAACUUGCAAGACAUCGUCUUCCUCUCUGCAGUCCCAAUAGCCGCUGGCUUUGGACUGCUCCUGCUCUUGGCCUUCCUGCAAGAUUUCAGACAGGCACGCAAGAGCAAUCGUUCCUGCCCACCAUCUCCCUUCAACAUCCAGGGGAACAGGGCCAGAAAGGAACGCAUCUACGUCAUUGACAUAGACUAUGCUGGCCGUUCCCGUUGGGAUUCAUUCCUACGUUGGUUUGCUAUGCACAAAUCACCUGGUGCAAACAAAAACCCACAUCUAGUGAGACUCCAAGGAACAUUUGGCUUCAGCGACUGGCUGUCUUUUGAUCUGAUUCUUGGAAAGAAUUCAGAACAGAAGACUUUGACAACCCCUCGCUCCAUCGGUAAGCUCGUAGCCGUGGAGACGAAGUACCCAUCAGCGAGUGAUGGAUUCACCUCCAGGCUGCUACCAUCUUCCAACAUUGGAGCUUGCCUGCGAGGAAUCGUCAACAGGGCAUGUGAUAUUGAGAUCAAGAAAAUCCAUGCCAUGGAUACCAAGACCCAGGAUCAUUACACCUCUGGCUGUGGUUCAAGCAGCGGUGGUAUAUCAUCAUCAGACCAAGGAAUCACUACUAUCCUUCCACUGCUACUUUCUACCGCUCAGCCCGUAUCCAGGGUCAACUACAUCGCUUACUUCUUCAAGAAUGGCUCUCUGUGGACCUCUGCCUUCACACCUUGGCGCAAGGGCAACUUCACCGGAUGCCGUCAUAUCACUUGCUUGUUUGCCUGCAUCAGUUACACCAUGAUCGCAGCACAGGUUGUGCCAAAGUUGUCCUUAGAUCAGUCCAUGGAGGAUGCCGUCUUGAUAAGCUUGACGGAUGUGAACAUCACCGCAGCCAUGUUAGUCAGAGCAAUCGUUGUUGGCACGGUGGUGUUUGCAUUGCUUGGAUUUAUGGAAACCAUAUUCCGAGGCGCACCUACCAUCUGGUCUUUGCAUCUGCCUUGUGUGCCUCCAAGACCCCGGAACGGAAACCGAUUUAUGGAUGGUUUGCAACCGACUUGUAACCAGUCUGCAGCUGGAGAUUUCUACGGUGGUAGCGCUGAGUGUGUGGAGGAGGGCUUGCCUCGUAUUUCCAUCAGUGCUCCAGCAAUGCAGCAACAGGGAUGCAGACCAAAUGGAAAUGACACCCAACAAACCAACACUGGUUCAUCAUGCUUCGACAAGAUCGGCAAGCAAUGUGCCGCUGCCAGCGACACUGACAGACAGAUGAAUCAGGUUGGAAACAACUCCAAAGGUGGCAUCGAUAAGGAUCAUCAUGCUGGUUUGACUAGAUAUUCUCGAUGGACUGUGAUCAAUGGCCAUGGCAUCUACAAACUGACCGUCCGGAAUAAGUCACCGAUCAAGGUAUCCACCGAUUCCAAUGCUGACGCCAAUAGCAGCAGUUCUAUCAGUGCUGACACAAAAGCCAAACACUCUUUUGAUGGAACUAACAGUGGCAAGUGCAACAUCAAACCAGUUCCAGCCCCCAGCAGUCACGUAGCAAUUACUGCCUCUGAUGACAUCUUUGGAGACAAUCGGUCCAUCUGUGCUCAAGACCAGCUGGAAUGCCAACACAAGUUGACUUGCUACAAGUGUCCUGUUUGCCAUCGGACCACAGGGAGCAGGUAUUACGACCCAGGAGCCAGCUGUUCAGGAAACAACACACCAACAAGUCUUGACUCAGAGGAUAGUUCAAGUAGUUCUUCGAUAAACAACUCUACCAUGGGCAAUAUCUGCAAGUCAUCAACCAGUGAUUCUGGUAGCUACAUCAAUAGAAAUGAGUCAUCUUCCAUCAGUGAUUUAACGUACAUCAACUCAGGCCAACCACUGGAUGAGUCCGCUUCUUACAACAUCCAAGGAGCAAUCGAAACCGUAUCUGAUGACGAUGACUUUAUCAAAAGAGCUACUUCUACAUCUGGUCUUCAGGAUAAGAAACACAAGACAACUUGCAAAUGGGAGGCUGGUGAUCGAUCACAACCAGUCAAGCAUUUUGAUGAGGGCAAAAUGAAGCAAGACAUCAAUGCUCAAGAAAGAUUCAUUAAGUAUUCUGAUGCCCUCCUGGAUCCUGACAUCAAAACGGCCAAAGUGAUGCGCACCAAGAAUUACAUCAACAGGUUCAGUGAUAUGGGGAAAGGCAAAGUAGUCAACUUGCCAUAUGAUGUAUUCCUGUCAGAAGACAAGUUAGCAACCAAGAAAGCGACUGAUGAUGUGAAACCUAACCUAUCCACUGAUGGAACCAAGUCAUCAGAAGUUGAGACAGGCACAAUCACACAGACACCAUGUGGUCCAGUGACAACCGGUUCUGACUACAUCGUCAAUUUGCCUCUGGAGUUUGAAAUGCCUAGCGUGACCAUACAGAGGAGCAGAAGCAAUAAGCCUUUCUUCUUCAGCUUCCGAAAGUGGCUGUCAGGUUUACGCUCCAAGCCCAAGGUUGCCAUUGGUGAUAAUUACAAGCUGGAGGUGAGGGAAGAUGAUGCUGCCAUGAAGACCUCAGAUGAGAACAUCUGUCUGCCUUGUAGUCAUGACGUCACUUUGGAAAUCAGUACAAUCCAGAUUGAGGAAGAGGCCAAAUAUGACAUCAUCUCAAGAGACUUCUAUCCAGGAACUGCCAACAACUUGCCAAACAUCCGCAACAAUGACAACAUUGAUGCAAAAAUAAUUGAUGACCAUCUCAAACGAUCUAUCUUCCUGUCAUCAAGCCGUCUGAUUGAUUAUCAGCCUGAUGUCAUGAGUGUUACAUCCUCAGGCAGUUGGAACAGCAUCACAUCAUCUCACAGUGCUUCUGACAGACGCCCCGUCACUCCUUGGAAGGAUGUGAAUGCCACAAACAAGAACAACAACAGCAACGAGACUACCACCAUCAACUUGGACAUCCCUUCAUUGUCUAGUAUGCCCUGCAGUACAUCCUCUGAUGAGUAUCUGUCCUUAGACAGCAACAAGACAUCAAGCUCAUCUGUCACUCCGAAGUCAACCAGCAGUGAAGGGAUCUGCAGUAGCAAAGACAUCAGUAGCAGCAACGGAACCCAGAGUAGCAAAGAGGCAUAUAGCAGUAAGGACACCGAUGGCAAGGAGGAAAUUCCCAUCAGCACAGACACUUACUGCAUCAAAAGCAUCUCAAGUAGUAAAGCGUCCCGCAGCAGCCACGAUUCCUGCAGUAAUAGCAUAUGCAGUAGCAGCGACAGCAACAUAGAUGACGAAGAUAACCCUCGUUGGAACCGUUAUAAAUACUACCAAGCGAUGUAUGAAGCUGAGCCAACUGCCACUCCAAAUGAGAAUCGUCUCAGCGACAACUUCCAGCCAGUCAUGUUCCUCAUCCUUCACAUCUUGCUGAUUGUAACCUGCGUGUUUGCCGUCCUGUGGUCCGUGUCAUCCUUCCACGGUCUCUGCUGGAAUGUCUUCUGGGAAUGGGUCGCAACUUCCAUCAUUGCCAUUCUCAUCCACGCUGUUAUCUUGGAUACAAUCAAGGCAGCUCUCAUGACUUUCAUCAAGUGGUACUAUUAUUAUGAUGAAGCCAAGCCAAAGCCUUAUUCAGUUAUCCAAUAAG